AUGAACCACAGACAAAACGAGACCGAUACGUCGGUCAUUUCUCCAAACCGUCGUACCGUCAGAAUGUCAUCCUCCGGAGCGUCCGAAUCAGAGGUGGAGACUUGUGAUGAGAAUGUUGGAUUGUUGGGAUCAAGAGGCAAGAAGACGAGACACGAGAGAUCCACAAGAUCCGAACAAACUGCACCACUUCAUAGACCAUUCGGAAACAACACUGACGACGCAACUGUGGAGUUUGGAGGAUGCAGCGACUACCAAGACCCGUACACUUCUGACGAUGACCUUUUGCACACAGGAAGCGAUGCAUACGGGUCGACUGUUGGUGCUACCAUUUCAUUGAAGUUCAACGAGGCGUGCCGUGCGAUUCACAACGGACACUACCCGCAGAGAAUUGCUCAGGGAUCCAGUGGAAGCUAUUUUGUCAAGAAUACGGCAGAUGAAAUCAUCGCAGUCUUCAAACCGAAAAACGAGGAGCCAUACGGAUCGUUGAAUCCAAAAUGGCUGAAAUGGAUUCACCGUGUAUUCCUGCCGUGCUGCUUUGGGCGUAGCUGUCUGCCACCAAACCAAGUGAGUAGUUUGCUUUUUUUCCAUUUUUUGUCUGUUGCCUCCUGGACUCUAAUCUCUAAUUGGACUCUUUUAGAAUUUUCAGCUUGA